AUGGGCUACUUCGGAAAAAACGAGCCACCGGAGGAUGUAAUACAGCCAGCUCCAGAUGAAGAUGUUCAGAAAGUUACCGCGCCCGCACAUCAGGAGAAACCACCAAGCGCGACAAUGGCGACAAUAGACCCCGACCUGGAGCGCCAAGUUGUGAGGAAAUUGGAUUGGCAUCUCCCGACUUUGAUGGCCUUUUUCUAUCUCCUCGCUGCCCUUGACCGAAGUAACAUCGGCAAUGCUAAAAUCGCCGGUAUGGAAGAGGAUCUCGGCCUCAAUUCGAAGAGCUACGCCUGGCUGUUAACGAUAUUUUACAUUUCAUAUACGGUCUUCGAAGUCUUUGGGUUGAUGUGGAAGGUCGUCAAGCCACACCAAUGGGCUGCCUUUACCGUGUUUUCAUGGGGUUUGGUUGCAACAUGCCAGGCAGCGACCACUAAUUGGCAAGGCAUGAUGGCGCUCCGCUUUUUGAUGGGUGCUUUUGAGGCCGCCUUUGGUCCCGGUGUGGUUUAUCUGAUGUCCUUUUUCUAUCGCCGCCAUGAGUUGGGUCUUCGAUGCGGUAUGUAUGCCGGCGCUGCGCCAUUGGCGAAUACAUUCGCCGGUGCCCUGGCCUAUGGUAUUACCUCGGGACAUGCUUCAAUUGCAAACUGGCGAUUGCUGUUCCUGGUCGAGGGUCUUCCCGUCUGCGCAGCAGCUAUACUGGCCUGGUUCUUUGUGCCGGACAGUCCGCAGGAAGCUAAAUUCCUCACGGAAGAGGAAAAAGAUAUUGCGCGCGCACGUUUGUUGCAGCAGUCUGGGGAGACGGAGCGGGCUGGGAGGAUACAAUGGAAGGAAUUGGGUGAGACGCUUCUCGAUGCGAAAGCGUGGCUUACAGCAUUUAUGUACUUCAGCUGUAACGUUAGUUUCUCUUCGCUUCCCGUGUUCCUGCCCACAAUUCUCAAGGAAAUGGGAUUCACGGCCAUUAACGCCCAAGGUCUUACUGCUCCUCCAUUCUUUGCCUCAUUUUUGGCGACGAUCGCGACCACUUGGGUGGCGGAUCGCACUCAGCAACGUGGAUUGACGAUCGUUGGUUUAUCAGUGGUUGGUGGCGUGGGGUAUAUCCUCUGCGCGACUUGCACAUCAGUGGGUGUUCGAUAUUUUGGAGUCUUCUUGGCGGCUUGUGGGGUCUUCCCCUCGAUCGCCAACAUCCUGCCGUGGGUUCUGAACAACCAGGGCUCCGAUACCCGCCGUGGUGGGGGUAUUGUUUUGCUCAAUAUUAUCGGCCAAUGUGGCCCUUUCCUGGGUACCAAUGUCUUUCCCGAUGCUGAAGCUCCACGGUACGUGAAGGGUAUGACCAUUUGCGCAGCCUUCAUGUUCUUCACUGCCUUCCUCGCUUUAUCUCUGCGUGUGCUUCUUAUCUUUGAGAACCGGAGGCUUGACAAGAAAUAUGGGCCCCGGAUUGAAGACCCAGCGAAAUCUGCUGAUGCCCCGGUGGCCGAGGACAAUUACGGUGCUAAUUUCCGUUAUGUGUUGUGA